GAAUUCAAUUGGUAAUAAACUGAUUUCAAACCUAUUUUAAUUUGCAACAGUUUAUAAGUAAUAAUAACUAAACAAUAACCGGGGAUUACACAAAAAACAAAUCACUUCGUUAUCAAGAAAUUGUUGAAGUGAUACAAUAUAAAGUUAUACGAAAUUGUUAGCGUGAUUUUAAACAUUUGAGGUAGUUGAUAAAUAAAUUGAAUUGCUAAUAAAAAUGGCUACAAUACAAGGAAAAAGAGAAAAAUGGUGUGAUCUAUUAGAAAAUUUGAUUGAAUGCCCGGUAUGCUGUGAAAUACCGCCAAAUAAUAUUUUACAAUGUCAGUUGGGUCAUCAUAUAUGUAUAUCAUGUCGUUAUAAAUUAACGAUUUGCCCAAUAUGUAAAAACAAUUUUGGUUCAACAAGAAAUUUUGUAGCCGAAGAAAUUUGUAAAAAAUAUAUAGAAAUAAUGAUGUCUUUAAAGAUACCUACGAUUAAAGAAACAGAAAAAAUGUUAGAGAAUAAAUUAUGUGUUUCUACACAAACAGAAAAAGUAUCUAAAACAUCGGUCCAAGUUCAAACAGGAAAUCUAUUUUUACACGAUAACAAAGAAACGCAAUGUAAUACAUAUGUAACGGAAAAUCAGCAUGUAUUAACUCCACGAAAUUUAAGGACAAGAAAUAUCAAUUAUUUUAUUCCAAAAGGAAAUUAUCGAUGUUGUUUAGGUUCAUGUUUGAUAUCUUUGCCUUUUACAAAAAUGAUACAACAUCUAAAAUUGUAUCAUAAAGAUACAUUUUAUGAAGUUAAACAGACUAAAGAAGGUUAUAAAAAACAAUUAAAUCUAGAAUAUAUUUCACCAAAAGACUAUGAUUUUGCAAUUUAUGUAAAAAAGAUGGGUUUAUUUUUUAUAAAAAUUAAAAUUUUUCUAUCAGGCGAUUUAAAAGGCGAAAUCUUAAUGGCAAAUAAGGCUUCAAUAUGUAAACAUUUUAUGCUUGACAUGACAAUUGGAUAUGGAGAAAAAGCUAUAACGUGCUCAGGCUUGGCGAAGACGUGCAAUAAUUUCGAUUCGAAAAGUUUAGAAGACUGCCUUUACAUAAAAAAUACGAAAUUGGAAGAAAUCGCUGAUGUAAAUAAUGGAUCAUUAUUUGAUUGCAUUUUUAUUAUUAAGAAUUUUAAUUUAAUGAAAGAAAACCAUGAUUUCGUGAAUCAUGAAUAACCAGUUAUUAUAUAUUUCAGAUAAAUUAUUUUUAUCGUUGUUAUAAUAGUAUUAAGGUUUAAAAAUAAAAACAGAUGUUUCUUUGAUUGCACUUUAAAGAUUAUGUAUUUGAAAGUAAUUUAGCAUAAUCAUUAUUUUUGCUAUAAUGAAAGUAAUUAAUUUUUUAUUGUGUUAUUUAACAGGUUCUUUUCUUUUUUUUGGCAUGAUUUUAAUAUUUUUUUAAUGGACGUUUUUGACUACAGUUUUUAACAUUUAUUUCAAUUACUGCAACAAUCACUAAAUUAUUUAUUUGUUAUUAUUUUAUAAAAUCUACUUACUUUGUCAAUGUCUUUAUUAAAGUCUGUACAUCUUAUUUGUAAAGCAUUAUAAUAGCAAUUCAAUCUUUCUUUCUCUAAGACAAAAAUUAUAGGAAUUUUCAUUUAAAUAGAUUUAAGUUAAGCUAUACCAAAUGUUUAAAAUUACAAUAAUUUUAUAUCAAGUAAAUUAUAGUUCGUUACACAAUACUUUGUUCGCAGAACUUGUAUUUCUGAAAAUAAAAUACAAUAUUUCAAAUGUGACAAACUAAAUUGAUCUAAUGUAAAUAGCUUUAAUCAUUAUAUAAUAUUAGCGUAACUACAUAAUCUGUAUAUUACUAUACAUUGAUACUAAAACCAAUUGACAUAUUUAAAAAAA